CUCCACCAUGGACAGGCCUUCGCGCCCGUCAACAAGCCAUCGACCGCCACCUGUAGUCCAGUGUCUAGUCCAUCGUCGAGCUACGACGUGAGCUCAUAUCGUUACUUGCAUCGUCCAGCGCACGUCCCAAUAUGACAACCGCCGACGCGUAUGGGGCGCUGGCCACACCGCGCGGCAAGAGCGACACGGCGUCCGACCCGACAGCACCAACGACAACGACAGCAGCGCCGCUCAUUCCACUCUCCAAGCUCUUCCAGUACGCCGACACGACCGACAAGGUGCUCAUGGUUGCUGGCGCGCUCUUUGCGGCCGCGACCGGCAUCGCCCAGCCCGUGCAGAUCCUCUUCUUUGGCGACAUCAUCAACGCCUUCAACCCGACCAGCGGCGAGGUCACCAACGCCGACCUCUUUCGCAAGAGCAUCAACGACGUCGUGCUCAAGUUCGUGUACCUCGGCCUAGCCGUCCUCUUCACCGCGUUUGGUCAAGUGGCGUGCUGGACGAUUGCGGCGUCGCGGCAGUCGAAGCGCAUUCGCCACGCCUACGCCAGCGCGAUCUUGCGCCAAGAGGUCGGCUGGUUUGACGUAAGCGAGCCCAUGACGCUCGCAACGCGCGUCGCCGACACGACGCUCCUCGUGCAGAACGGCAUUGGCCGCAAGGUUGGCGACGGCAUCAACUACGCGGCCAUGGGCAUUGGCUCGAUCGUCCUCGCUUUUGCGUACGGCUACGAACUCUCGCUCGUGCUCUUUGCGCUUACGCCCUUUAUCGGUCUCUCGGCCUACUAUAUGACCAAAGCGAUCUCGGACGCGGUGCAGAACGGCGUCGACGCGUACGCCGAGGCCGGCGGUGUCGCCGAAGAAGCACUGAGCAACAUCCGCACCGUGCACAUGUUUCACGCGAUGGAGCGCAUUGCCGCCAAGUACGAUGCGGCGCUCGCCAAGACGGAAGCCGCCGGCAUCAAGAAAGGCCUUGCGAUCGGUGUCGGCACGGGCGUCAUGUUCUUCACGCAGUUCCUCACGAACGGUCUCGGUAUGUACUAUGGCGCGGUCAAGAUCACCAACGACAUUGCGGGCGGGUGCGUCACUAGCGAGUGCUACAACGGUGGCCGCGUCAUCACCAUCUUCUUUUGCAUCGUCAUGGGUGCCAUGGCGCUCGGCCAAGCCGGCCCGGCGCUCCAGGCCAUCUACACGGGGCGCGCAGCGGCCCAAGACAUUUUCGCGCUCAUUGCGCGCGUCUCGCGCAUCGACGUGACCGACGACGCGGGACGUUUGCUCGAUCCAAACACUGUCCGCGGUGAGAUUACAUUGGAAAACAUUGCGUUUGCGUACCCGUCGCGCGCGCACGUUCCAGUGUGCAAUGGCUACUCGCUCACGAUUCCCGCGGGCCAAAAGAUUGCGCUCGUGGGCGCAAGCGGGUCGGGCAAAAGCACGAUCGUGUCGCUUCUCGAGCGCUUUUACGACCCCUUGGGCGGCCGCAUCACGCUCGACGGCGUCGACUUGCGGGACCUCAACGUAGCCUCGCUCCGCGCGCAGAUCGGUCUCGUCGGCCAAGAGCCAAGCCUUUUUGCUGAUACAAUCGCCAACAACAUUCGCCGCGGCAAGCCGGACGCGACGCUCGACGAGGUCGUGGCCGCCGCCAAGCAAGCCAAUGCCUACGACUUUAUCAUGGGGUUCCCCGCAGGUUUCGACACGGACGUUGGCGACCGUGGCGCGCAGCUCUCGGGUGGCCAGAAACAACGUAUUGCGAUCGCCCGUGCGAUCAUCAAGAACCCGAGCGUGCUUUUGCUGGACGAAGCCACGAGUGCGCUCGACACGGAGAGCGAGCAUGUCGUGCAGGCGUCGCUCGACGCGCUUGUCGCUGCCCGCCAGCGCACCACCAUCAUCAUUGCGCACCGACUCUCGACGAUCCGUGGCGCCGACCGCAUCGUCGUCUUGAGCGACGGCGUCGUCGUCGAAGACGGCACCCAUGAUGACCUCCUCUCAAUUCCCCAUGGCCACUACAAGGGCCUCGUCACGGCGCAGAUGCGACACGCGGCCGACGAAGCGGACGAGGCGGCUUCGGACGAAAAGUCGUCGGCGGUCGUAACCCAAGCUACCGAGCGCCCGAAAGAGGUUGGUGACGCCGCCUCGUCGACUGGCGACGACGAUGCGACGUCGGUCGACAGUGCCGGGCUCAAACGCCCGCUGGUGCCCAUCUCGCGCGUGUGGCGUCUGAGUCGCCCGGAAGUGCAACAGUUGGUCGUCGGCAGUCUUGGCGCGCUCAUCCACGGCGCCGUGUACCCUAUCUGGGGCCUGCUCUUGACGAAAUGCGUCGUGCUCUUUUACCGCCAAGACCUCUCGUCAUCCGAGAUGCGCCACCAAGCCAUGUGGUGGGGCCUCAGCUUUGUCUUUAUGGGCCUUGUGUACGUCGUUGCCAUCAUUGCGCAGUACCACCAGUUUGCGACCGCGUCCGAGCGGCUCACCGGUCGCAUUCGCUACAUGAGCUUCCAAGCGAUGCUGCGCCAGGACAUGGCGUGGUUUGACGACCCGCGCCACUCGCCCGGUGCGCUCACGACCCGGCUCGCGACCGAUUCGGCGGCCAUUCGGUCCAUGACGUCCGAGUCGCUCAACGCUGUCCUUGUCAACGUCUCGUCGCUCGGCGUCGGCUUUGGCGUCGCGUUCUACUACUCGUGGAAGAUGACGCUCGUGCUUAUGGCCAUCUUUCCCAUUCUCGGCUUUGCGAGCGUCAUGGAGAUGCAAACGCUCGGCGGCGGCGACAAGGACCUCAACGACGGCGACCUCUGCGCCGGCGCGCUUCUCUCGGAAGCGAUCAACUCGAUCCGCACAGUGGCCUCGUUUGGCCUUGAAAAGGCCACCAACACAGCGUAUCUCACUUUUCUCCAGCAGUCGGCGUCGACGGACGUCAAACUCGGGCUCAAGAGCGCGUCGGCGUACGGUCUCAGCCAGUCGACCAUGGUGCUUGCGAUCGCCACCACGUUUUACUUUGGCGGCUGGCUCCUCCUCCGGGGUGACGUGACCUUUGAGGCCAUGAUGACGGUCCUCAACGCGAUCCUCUUCUGCUCGUUUGGCGUCGGCAUUGCGGUCCAAGGCCUCGGCGACGUCGGGAAGGCCAAGAAGGCGGUCCAGAGCAUCUUUGGCAUCAUCGACCAUAUCCCAAGCAUCGAUGCGAUGGCCGAUGCUGGCGCGACACUGGAGCAUGUCCAAGGGGACGUUCACUUUUCGCACGUGGCAUUUGCGUACCCGAGCCGGCCGGACGCUCAGAUCUACCGCAACUACAACCUCUCGAUUUCAAGCGGCCAGACGCUCGCGCUGGUCGGCGGCAGCGGCAGCGGGAAGAGCACCGCGAUUGCGCUCUUGCAGCGGUUUUACGACCCGAGCGCGGGGGCGGUGACCAUCGACGGCGUCGACAUUGCAUCGCUCAACGUCGCGUCGCUGCGCCGCCACAUUGCGAUCGUGUCGCAAGAGCCCGUGCUGUUUGCAGGCUCGAUCGCCGACAACAUCGCCAUGGGUAAGCCGAAUGCGAGUCGAAAUGAGGUGGAAGAUGCGGCGAGGAAGGCCAAUGCCCACGACUUUAUCGAGCGGUUCCCGGACGGCUACGACACGUCGGUGGGCGACCGCGGCGUGCAAAUCUCGGGCGGCCAAAAGCAGCGCGUGGCAAUCGCGCGGGCCAUCAUUCGCGAUCCUGCCAUCUUGCUGCUCGACGAAGCAACGAGCGCGCUCGAUACGGAGAGCGAAGCCAUUGUCCAAGCGUCGCUCGACAAGCUCCUCACGCUCAAGAAGCGGACGACGAUCAUCGUGGCCCACCGCCUCUCGACGAUCCGCAACGCCGACGUCAUUGCUGUCGUUCACGACGGCCGCGUCGCCGAGCUCGGGACGCACGACCAGCUCAUGAACAUCCCUGAUGGCUUGUACCAGAACCUCGUCGCUCGUCAAAUGAGCAAGACGACCGCGUAGAGAAGACUCUACUUUGAAUGCAAGUGUAUAUAGAGUACGACGAA